CGGUGUUCCUUGAUGGUGUGCGGCGGUUAGAAGUGAUCGCCGAAAGUGUACCGUUGAAAUCGCCCGGAGAUUCUCAGUUCUACCAAAGCCCAUCUCGGAGUAUACGCGGAAAAGUUUUCGGGUAGUGCGCUUGUUUACUCGAAAAAAACAAGAAAAAUCUAGUACCUCCUUGUUAAUACACGACUGAUUCCGCAAAAAUGGCAUCCGGUGUGACCGUGGCCGACGUUUGUAAGACGACGUACGAGGAAAUAAAGAAGGACAAGAAGCAUCGAUACGUAAUAUUUUACAUCAAGGAUGAAAAGCAGAUCGAUGUCGAGGUGAUCGGAGCUCGCGACGCCGCUUACGAUGCCUUCCUCCAGGACCUCCAGAAGGGUGGAAGCGGCGAGUGCCGUUACGGCCUCUUCGACUUUGAGUAUACUCACCAGUGUCAAGGCACCUCCGAGGCUUCCAAGAAACAAAAAUUGUUCCUGAUGUCGUGGUGUCCGGACACAGCCAAGGUAAAGAAGAAGAUGUUGUACUCGAGCUCGUUCGACGCUCUCAAGAAGUCGUUGGUCGGUGUGCAGAAGUACAUCCAGGCGACGGAUCUUUCGGAGGCAUCCGAGGAGGCGGUUGAAGAAAAGCUCCGAGCUACCGACAGGAAUUAAAGCAAGCCUACUCCGGGAGAGUGAGAGCCCCCAUAACACACAGCAAGAAAAAAAUAAAGGAAGAAAAAAACGCGAUGAUUAUAUUAUUACGAAGAGAGAAAAAAAACGAUACAAAAACAAACCCGCAGUCAAAGUGAGAAGGAUCGCGGGAGAGUAAAAGUGUGUGAGUUAGAGAGAGAGAAAGAGAGAGAGAGAGAAAGAAAGAGAGAAAAAAUAAACAGAAGGAAAAGGGAGAAGAAAUAAGGGCGCGCAAAAACGAAAUACAGAAACAGAGCGAGAAAACGUUUUUUUGUCACCUCAUCAUCCACCACCCCCCUCAUUGAAAUCGAGCCGUGCUUCCCGCUCUUUCACAAUCCUCGUUGAAUCACCGCUUGUGGAAAGCUUUUUCACCCCAAAAACACAACAAACUUGACUCGACAGCAAAAAGGCUACAAUUUUUAUAUCAUUUUUGAUUUUUUUUUGUUUUUUUUUCUUGUUUUUUUUUUCGUUUUGUUUUCUCACAAUCGAGGGACACACUUUCCUCUUCUCCUAUUCUUUUAACGCAUUAGAUAGGUAUCUCGCGCUACGAAUAUUCGCAGCGCGAGUAAAAAACGCUCAGGGCAUGUCCCGAUAGAAGGAUGAAGAGGAAUGAAUGCUAGAGCGGAUGACACAGUCUUCGGGUAAAAGCCCUCUUUCGACACGAAUACAAGUGAAAGUUAAGGUAAAAGGAAAUAACCGGCUGGGAAUGAGUUUUUAAGAAGAAAGUAAAAUAAGCGACAACCCCUUUUUCAUACUGCAAACGUUGCGUAAAAUCUCGUCUUUUAUGAUAAUUGUAUUAUUAUUAUUGUAAUAAGGUUAUAAUAAUUGUAAAAGAAUGAAACAAGUUUACACAACCAAAAUACAGUGAAAAAAGAGAGAAGAUGAGAGAAAAAAAAAUACACUGAGGAUGAUUGAACCAAGAACAAAAUAAUAAUAAAUAAACAAAAACCACUUUUGUCUCAUGA